UGCUGGAUUCUGUCUUCAGAACUGGCAUACCAGCUUUUUGGCGAGUUCUCAGCAUUUCUGAGGCUGCAGUCCCAGUUCACACGUUCAGAACUGGCCUUCCAUAACGUGCAGGAAAUGACCACGUCUAUUUUUGUUUCAUGCGUCCUGAGCGUCCUGCUCAGUGCGUGUCACAACGUGAAUAAACUAUCUGCUGGGAAGAAAAAGCUAAGGGGAGCGCGGAAUAAGGAAUGAUGAGGAAAGAAACUUCCCGGCUCUCCACCGGUUCCUCACCCUGGGCCAGCAGCCUGAACCGCAGCGCCCAAAAGGCAGUGCUCGUCCAGCAAGCGAGCCCGCCCCGUGGCCUUUGUGACGUCACAGCUGGCCGGGAAAAUGGUUGCCUUGGCGACGUAAACGCAGGGCCCAGAAGGGCAGAUUGGAGAACUGUGGCCCUAAAGCUUCGGAGCGAACCAAGGCGCGCGGCUGGUGAAGCUGUUCUGCCAAUGUCAAGUUUUGAGCUGACCCAUUUGUCCUCAGGCAAGAUGUCCAAGAUAUACUCUACUCGGGUCUCCAACAGUGUGACCAGUGACAGAAAGAGUGUGGAAUACAGGAACAGCUCUUCUUGGGUCACUGGAAAAUUGGAUAAGGAUGUAAAAACAGGCAAAGGACAUAUGAACCUUCCACAUGGUCCGGCUAACCCUUUCCAUGUGUCUGGAGAUGUGGAUAUCUUCUUAUUCAGAGAUCAGGAGCGGAACAGGGCUAUUGCUGAGCGGGAGCAGAAGAAGAAGAUGCGGGUACACGAGAAAAUGACCUACGCCUCCAAGAUGUCUGCCAAGAACAGCAGCGUGCGGCAGGAGCUGCAGCUGGAGGAGGAGCUGGAUGACCAGGAGCUUCUGGCUGAGGUCAAGCAGCUGCGCACCUUUGGUGAUAACAUGGCCUGGAGGCUGAUCAUGACCAGAGAAAAGAAAUUGGAGCCUGAUUCGAUAUGCAACUACAUUGACCAGAAUCGAAAGAUGUUUCUCCUCCAGUAUGCCCUGGAUAUGAAACGCAAUGAGAUCCAGCGGCUAGAGAUGCUGGCAACCCAGGAGGAGACCAAGCUGGAGCAGGCUGAGAGGUCCCUGGAGAACGAUACAGCCUUGUUUGAUGAGUUCCUCCGAGAGAAUGAUCGCAGCUCGGUGCAGGCCCUGCGACUGGCUGAGAAGGAGACCAAAGCCAAGGUGGAGAAGAUCAUGGAGAUCCAGGACCUUACCACUCAGAUUGUGAAUAUCAAAAGUGAAAUCUCCAAACAGGAAGACACUCUACAUAAUUACAGAGCCUAUAAGGAUUUCCUGUAUAAGAUUUCACCCAAGGAAUGGCAGGAUGAACAGGAGAAGAAGCGACAGGCUCUGAAAAAGGCCAGGGAGGUUUCUGAGACUGCCAAAGAAGGGAGUACGUCCUCCAUUCCAGUGGACAAAGGACCAGGGAACAAGGCCAAGAUGGUCUCCCUGUGGGCCAAAGAGGCUCAGGGCUUGAAGAAGCCCUGGAAGCUUAUGCAGUCAGGGAGGCUGGGGCAGGCCCCAUCCAGCAGCAGCAGCUUCCAGCCUGCCACUCAGCCCAGUGUGCCCAGUGGGUUGGACUCCAAAGGGUCCAGCUCUACCCUCCCAUCCCUCCAGUCUCAGGAGGACACUGACAGCGAAGGAGAGGAGCUGCCACUGUACUUCACGGAGCCCCACCAGCUCCUGGAUGUCUUCACAGAGCUGGAAGAGCAAAACUUGUCACUGAUCCAGAACACGCAGGAGAUGGAGGAAACCUUGGAUGAGCUGAAACUCACCUUGAAAAACACACAGGCCCGGAUGGACAGGGAGGUCAACCAGCUGAAGCAGUGGAUCACCACCCUGAUGAUGUCUAUUACCAAGGAGGAAGAGACUGCUGCUGAACUGGAGCUCAAAUCUCGGGUCUUCCACUUUGGGGAGUACAAGGGUGAUCAGCAGGACAAGCUGAUGGAGAGCCUGAGUCACAAGGUACAAGAUGUGUACCAGCACUGCGUGGGCAUCCAACAGGAAGCCAACUUGGGCACCGUGCAGAUGCUCACCAUCAUUGAGCACCAACUGGAUGAGCUGCUUGAGAACCUGGAGCGUGUACCCCCAGCUAAGAUUGAGCAGGCUGAGAAGGCCAAGGAGAAGGAGAGGCGCAUGAGGCUUCGGGAAGAGAAAGUCCAGUUGCAAAGGCUAUUGCAGGAGGAGCGACUACAGCGUGCUCGGGCCCGGGCCCAAGCUCAGAUCAAAAAAAAGGUAGGCAGGAGAGGCAGAAAACUGGUGUGUCGCUCCCACCCUCCAAUUCUCAAAGCAAAGGAGACCUCCGAUCACACACUGAUGGACAAAGAACAGGAGGAGCAGCUGUUCUUCUUCACUUAGCCUUUACCAGGCCACAGCUGGCUUGGCUAAAAGUUCAGAAGAGGUCAGCAGUAGAAGCAAGCUGGGUCUGAAGGGAUGCUGACUCUGUACCUCCUUUAAACUU